CUUGUGCUUUCAUUUCGCCUGCUUGCUAUUCCAUAGCGCAGCCGGAACGGAGCGGUAUUAUCCAUUUGAGGUGAAGUGACGCCCUUUGCCGAGAGACCAUCAUUACUCAUGUCUUAUGCAAGAAUCAACGCCAUGCAGUCAGCGCCAUGGCGCGAGACCAUACAUAACAUGACAUUUAGGGCUGAACCCUGCAUUGAUUUGUUGAAGUCGCUCUGUUCAGCCAGCCGGUCAGCAAAGUUCCAUCUCAGACACCACUCGCUCAGUCUUCUCAAAUGGCGGGCGGUCGUGAAAGCGUCGACGGAAUCGGCAAUACAAUCAGGCCAGACAAUGAUGAGCAGGCACCUCGUCCGAUGGUUGGAGGAAGCGAAAAGGUCCCUGCCAUGGCGGCAGACUCCAUCACUUUUCCUCCUCCACCGCUGACGAGUGUGGACGACUGCAAGCCAUCGGCCAUCCGCCGCAUGAUCAAUAUGCUGCCAUUUCGCCAGCAAGAGCGCAGGCCCUGGCGUGCAUCAUUGAUCUUUUUGGGCCCGUUGUCUGGCCUUUUCGGCAUCUUACUGGCAAUGGCUUCACUCGUCGCAUCCCUCGGCGUGUUGGCGGGAUCCAAUGGCCAGCCAGUCGAGUCAUGGCCCGCACCACCCUCCACGUACCUGGCCAUCCUCACCGCCGUGGGUAACCUCUCGAUCAGAUACGCCGCAUUUCAAGGAGUCAUCAUUGCUUGGUGGAGCUCCGCGCUGAGGGGAAGCACACUGUCGAAACUACAUCAGGACUGGCGCUCGGGAACAUCUUUUCGAGGUUCAAUAACCGCCGGGCGGUCUACAACCUUACUCGGACUCGCAUGCAUCUUCUCCACACUAGUCGUCACGGAUGGUCCGCUUCUGCAGCGUGCGUCCACUGUGAGCACGAUUCAAGACAGUGGAGUGGUAAUACUGGAUGUAUCGAUGGCACCCGAGAUUCCCCACGGAUUCACCGGCAUAUGGAACACGGCGACUGAACUGGGGCUUCCCCUCAACAACACCGCAAGUCAGCCGUUGUACGUGUUCAAUGAAACGUAUCCGACUCCGGACGGACCAGCGUUGAACGAUAUCUGGACGGGAAAUCUGCCGCGCACUACCAACCCCAUCAUCCAGUGGUGGAACAUGGCCGACCUUCCAGGAGUGAUUUCUGGCUGUCCUGGCGUCUGCAAGACCACAAUCAAAGCACCCGCCCUAUUCGUGACGUCUUGCACGGCAUACGAAGCAAAGGUCGAUCCAAAGUUCGAUUGGGAGAUUGCUGCCACCGCCAACGACCAUUCCGUGCCGUUGGAGACGUUGGGAUUCUUCAUCGCCCCAGGUUUGCUGCUACAGGACACUGAGUCCAUUGUCCUCGUCACUGGCAACACCACUUUCGAUGAAGAUUGCACCGGAACGCUUGCCUAUAGGACUUGUAAGCUGGAGUCCGCAAUCGGGGCGUACGAUAUCACGAUACAGGACGACCAGAUAGUCAUGUCGACCAUCUCAGCGCCAUCUCUCGUGGCUCUGGCAAACAACACGGGCGUCAAUCACACGUACGACAACUAUUGGAGCGGUCAUUUCUCAACACUGGGUGGAAUACAGGAUUACGUGGCAAUCAAGUGGCAGUCUUAUGUGGCCUACACCCCCUCAACGGACAAUGGAGUCGUUAUUGCUCUUGAGGACAACACAGAGGGGCCUCUUUUGCAGCAGCAGUUCUAUGCACCAGACGCGCGACUACAAUGCCCGUCGUACGUCGAUCCGCACGAUUUUAUGAUGAACGAGAUUAACAAGUUGAUGUUUUAUGUUGGCGCCGCGGCGGCGCAGGAAGAUCAGGAGUAUUUGGAGGCAAAUCUGGAUCCUGGCUUGUCCGCGCAGAGUACUGUGCCUGGACGACUUGCUGGCACGGUCACUGUGUUUCAUACGGAUUACUGGUUCUUUUUGGGCGCGGCAAUCGUGGAGGUGGUGUGCAUUGCUUUGGUGCUGCCCACGUAUCGGGGCUGGUGGAGGAUUGGGAGACCGACGUCGUUCUCCCCGCUCGAGAUUGCAAAGAUCCCCGAUCAUGGCUGAUGCCAAUUCCAACUCGAAUGGCAAUGAUCUGGCUGCCGUGCUGGGCGAGCGCCCGAUUCGGUAUGGGGUGCUGGAAGACGGUGGGCGUACAGAACUUGCGUUUGGAUCGCCGGAUGACGUGAAUCGAC